GGAACCAAACACCACUUUUGUAUCGCACUCGCUCUGUUCAGUCAGAGCCAGCUGUGCUCACCGUAGGUUAGGUGAGAAUGGUUACGGACGAAUACCAAACUUUUCUGCUGAGUUUAUCAGUCAUGUUGCGUGUAUUGUGUGACUAAUCGCCACUUAAGAAUCUAUAAGGAUUAAAAAUAUAAUGAAUGGGAUUGACCAGUGUUCCCGGUGAGAUGGAAAGACCUGAACAAGUUGUGCGCGUGCUGUACAAUUUUGAAUACUCCAAAGAUGGGCGAAAUGUUUGGAUGAAGGAAGGUGAAGCAUUAAGCUUGCUGAAAAAGACAAAUCCUGACUGGUGGCAAGUACUCCGCUCUAAUGAAAGGAAGCCAUUUUAUGUACCUGCUGCUUAUGUUGAGGAGGUUGGUAUUGAAAAACCUGAGAAAAAACAUGAUUUGGCAAAUAUUCCCAAAUCAGAGACUAGAAAGUCUUUACCACCGGUUAGAGAUAGAAUAUCAGAUAAAAACCUAUUCAAAGAGUUUCCUGGAAAUGAAGCUAGGGAAUCUGAAAAGUGCAGUGAUAAGAGUGAAUUUAGUGAAUUUGUAAGCAAUAGAACAUGUGAGGUAGAAAAUCAAGAUAUUGUGUUACCUGAAAAUGAAGAGGAAAAAGACGAAUCAAGGCGGUUACUUAAUGACAAACGCAGAUCUUGGGCAGCCGAAGAAUUAGUGUCUGAGCUCACUCAAAUGGCAAUAGCUCGUAGUGAACCAGUUGAAAGUGAUUACGUGAAUCUCAGGGUGGAUGGUGAACGCUUUGUUAUCGCUCCUAAUGAAGAGGAGGAGAUGCGCAUGCCAAACUCUUUGUUUUGGCAAUCAUCAGGUUUUGUCAAAGAGGGUAGGAACAAUCCUAUGUCAUCAUCAGAUGAGUUGGAUAAUUCAGACAGUUUGGGUCAAAGUAAUUGUGUUGCCUGGCAGAGUAAAUAUUCAUUGUCCUCAGAGGGAGAUAAGACUGACGAGUCCAUCCAGAGCUUUCAUUCCUUAGGGAAUGAGUCUGUCUCUAGCCGCCAUUGGCGUGAAGAUCAACCCGGAGAUCGCACCGGCUCCUCCCCAUAUGCCCAGGUUAUCUGCACGACCUCCUCCAGCUCCAUCGGCACAUCGGGUUUGAAACUCUCUGACUCAUUGGAGAAGCUCGCCCAACAGAUCAAGUUCCCCAUCGAGGAGCCGUCUGUCGCGAUGGUGGCGCCCAUCGCUCCGCCACGAGAGUACGAGGCACCCGUCUACGAGAACGUGCAGCCUUGUAGCGAGCAGGAUGGUGACCAGGAUGGGGACGAGGAGAAGCUGAGGACGCUGCGUGAACGCCUGCUCCAGUCGAACCUGGGCUGCGUGGCUGCCCCACAGCGCCACAUCACGAGGCACCUUGCGAAGCACGGCGACGAGUGUGAUUUGGGCGACGAGCAAUCCAGGGACGAAAGUGAGGACAACAGCGAGGGCGAUGUAGCCCUCUCCACGGACAGGGAGGAACCCCCGCUGGAGGACAGCACGGACAGGGAGGAAGCCCCUACGGAGGACAGCGCGGACAUAGAGCAGGCCCCGCUGGAGGGCAGCGCAGACAGGGAAGACCCCCCGCCGGAGGAGGUCGCCGAGGACGCUAAGAAUGAGGACGAAUCACAGACUCACAGCUGUGCCCCCCGGCCGGGCGAGCGGGUGGCGGGGCGGCCGUUGUUGGAGGGCAUAGUGGAUGUGAAGCAAAAGAUCGCGCUGUGGAACAACAGUGGCGCUGACAGCGAGCGCCAGGACCGGUUUGACGAGGACGGGCAGGGUAGGCCCAGGAGGGUGCGUGCCUUCCGGGCCCUGGGCGUCGUCAAGUCGGCGUCCGAGUCCAGGGUGUCAGCUCUGGUGAACCGGCACGGCCGCGCCCGGCCCGGCCUGCACAUCCCGCCGGACAGUCGCAGCGCGAGUCGCAGCGGCAGCGAGGAGUUCUUGGACUCUGCGGCGGGCUCGCCCUUCGGGGCCUCGCCCGGCUCCGAGGCUGGGGCGGUGGCCAGCAUGCGCCAGCGGCUGCAGCUCAACCCCGAGGGAGACAACCUGGACGCCAGCGACAGCGGGCUCUCCAACAAGUCGGACGAGCUCCUGGACGGGAGGCGCCGGAGGACGCCGCUCAUGAGGAGUCGUCGGGUGGAGUCUUGUCGCCGCUUCCAGAGGGUUGCGCCGGGCUUGGGCGGCACCCCGUCGGCGCCCGCCGCACCCGGCGUGCCCCGCCCCCAGUCGCCGCCCCCGCCUUCCCCGGGGCAGGAGGCGGCGAGGCUCCUGUCCGCCGGCUGGGCCGAGUUCAGGACGGCGGACGGACGGUCGUUCUACUACCACGCGGCCACGGGGCAGCGGCGCUGGAAGCCACCUCGGCGGCGGCCUCGUCAGGACUCUGCGCGGUCGGCGAGCUCCAGCCCCCUGCAGGGCGACGAGGCGGACGCCGAGGACUGCGACGCGGACCCGCCCCCGGACGCUGCGCCCGGCCCGCUCCCCGAGGGAUGGCGCGCCUACAUGGACCCGAGCGGCCAGAUCUACUACUUCGUUCACCCGCACCUCGGCGCCAAGUGGUUUUCUUCUACUGACAAUAAGGGGCGAGUGUACUUCUUUGAAGAAAAUAGUUGUGAAUCUUCUUGGAUCCUUCCUGAUGUUAAUUCUUCUGUCACCCAGGAAUCAACUUUUGAAGAUGAGGGUUGCCGGCAAGUUGACGAUCCUGUUUUAUCUUCAACUCCAAGAGAUGAUGAGAGAGAUAGGCAUGUCAAACCAGAAAGAAGUGAGAAGCAAGAAAAGUUGUCACUACGAACAACUAAGUCACGAUCCAUGGUCAUAGUUGACAGCGGUGUUAAUAAAGAUAUAAAAAAUAUUCCUUCGCCCCGAAAUUGGCCUAAACUUCUUGAUGAUGGUGAUAUGUGUGUUCUGAAAGAAGGCCCAAUGUACCGGACAAAAAUUACUGAAAAUGGGAAAAAAUUACGCAAGAACUGGGCCUCGAGCCAUGUUGUGUUAACUGAACUAUUUCUUCUGUUAUUCCGGGAUGUUAAAGCAUUCGCUGCUAUGAAAUCUUCAAAUCAAGGUAUUGGUGGGCCAAGACCAGAAUUGUGUGUGGAUCUAAAUGGAGCCCUCAUCGAUCAGGUCGACCGUGGUGAUAAGGCCUCGGUCACAAGUAGAAAAAAUGUGUUUUUAGUAAGCACAGUUUUGGGUUUGCAAGUUCUAUUCCAGUGUGACUGUAGUCAACAGGCAGAAGAGUGGUUUAAUGCAGUUCACACUGCAAUUCAUAAUUUGCCUUCAGGAUUUGAUAGUUGUCCACGAUUAAAGGUAACUAAAGAAAUGGAUCGUUUGUUUGCUGAAUCACAUUCACCUGAACAAACCAAGAAGUUUCCUCGUAUUGGCCGUUCCAAAUCGGUCAAAAGGACUCAAAGUGAAGCAGAGGGCUACAGCCUGCUGGCAACAUUGUCCUACUGUGGAACCAACAACAUGAGUUUGCCAUGGCGGCAGAGCUGGAAAGUUAAAAACAAAGAUGGUAGCAUUGAAGACUUAACAGUGAGUGUAGCAGAACGCCAAACAAAAAUCAGAGCCCGUCUUAAAAAAUUUUUUAAUCGCCGACCAACAAUGGAGUUUUUAGUAAAAAAAGGAAUUUGGAAAGAUGAACCAGCAUUUGGCAGUUAUCUUGAACAAGUGUGUGGCAGCGAAACACCCAAAGUUCCAAUGUUUGUACAACGAUGCAUUGCUGUCAUUGAGAGCAUUGAAGAAAAUAUGAAGACUGACGGUCUGUACAGAGUGUCUGGAAAUCUAUCUCAAGUGCAAAAAAUUCGACUUCAGGUUGAUCAAAAUAAUCUAUCAGCCUUGGAUCAAGAAGAAGAUGUUCACGUCUUGACGGGAGCUCUUAAAUUAUUUUUCCGGGAGUUAAAAGAGCCUCUCAUUCCAUAUGCUGCUUUCAGUAAAGCCAUCAAAGCAAGUACUCUUCAAAAUAAGAAGGAGAAACUUGCUCAAUUUAGAGAAAUUGUUAAAUCACUUCCUACUGCUAAUCAUGACACACUAAAAAUGUUACUGAAACACCUUCUGAAGGUUACAGGAUACCAGGAAUUUAACCGUAUGCACAUUCCUAAUUUGGCAAUAGUGUUUGGACCAACACUUAUGUGGCCAGAGCAGGAAUCAUUAAACAUGGCAUUAGACCUAAUGCAACAGAACCUUGUUAUAGAGGCAUUCCUACUUGACUUUGAUAAUAUUUUUCGGUGAGACAGUAUUGUAGAUGGUUGUGUCCCAAAUGAUUGUGAUAGUCAAGAAUCAAAACAAAAAAGAGGACAGAAAAGAAAAAGGUUGGCAAUAUUUUUUAUUCUGAAGAGCUUUUCUUUAAUCUAUUGCUAAUCCACAUGUAGUUCACAUUUGCUUCAGAUUAUUUAACAAUCCUGGUGAUAAUACACAUCAGUCAUUUGAAAAGUUUUAAAUGUGGAUAAGUAGCUGACUGUUUCAGAAGGAAAAGUAAGAAAAGCAUUCCGGAAAUAUAUACCUAAGAAAUCUGAUCAUUGUGAGAGGAAAAUAGACAAAAUAGAUUGCAAUUAUUUUUGUUACUAGUCUUCUGAGUCAUUGUUAAUAUAAAAUUACAUACAGUACUUGUGUGUAAAGAAUGUUGUAUAUUUGUGAACUGUUUUUUAUUAUAAAGUCAAUUAUGAAAUUGUUGAAUAGUCUGUAAUUUAUUUUAGCUUUGAAGAUAAUCUAAGAACUGUUUUACAGUUUAUUUUUUAAACUGAUAUACCACGUGUAAAGGUUAUCUGUUUCAUGCAUGUGGCAUGCAAAAAAUAAUGUGAUCUAUUAAUACUGUACCAUUUUGUUAUGAAGUCACAUAGCUACAUAACUCAUAUUUUUACUCUCAUAGUUUUAUCUUGUUGAUCACCAGUGCCCUUUAAGUAUAUAUCUAUUCUUAUAAUAAAAUUCUUGAUUAUAUAUAUAAUUUUUAUUGCUUGAUACAGUGCAAAUGUAGUUUUAUGCAAAGAUUGUGAAGUUUUAGUUCUAAGACUCAAUUUAUGAAUUUCAGAAAACAAGGGCAAAAUUCAUAAAAUAAAGGCAAUACUAAAUCACAAAA